AAUAUCAACUAGUUAGUUACCUCUAAAGUGUUUCGCAAACACAUUAUGCACCUUGCAAUCCUCAAUAUAACUCAUUAAUAUUAGUAUAUUCGGAGUCAUUUAUUUGAGCAACAUUCAUAUCGUUUAAAAUGAAAGCUAUCCUACAGCGCGUCCUGUCUGCUUCCGUGACGGUAGAAAAGGAGGUCGUAUCGUCUAUCGGAAAAGGAGUUUUAGUCUUUGCCGCAGUGGCCCCCGGUGAUACAGAGAAAGAAGCAGAUUCCUUAGCAGCUAAAGUAUUAAAGCUGAAGCUGUGGGACGACAAUGCGGGGGGAAGAUGGAAAAAGAGUGUGAUGGAUAUCGGCGGUGAGGUCCUAUGCGUGUCCCAAUUCACCCUACUUGCCUCUACUAAGAAGGGCAAUAAGCCCGACUUCCACGGAGCGAUGGGAGGGGAGGAGGCCAAGAGACUCUACGACUACUUUUUUGAAAAGGUCCAACAAGGCUACGCAGCCGAUAAGGUAAAGAACGGAGUGUUUCAAGCCAUGAUGGAAGUUGCCUUAGUGAACGAUGGCCCUGUCACGCUGGAGCUAUCAGCUGGUCAAAAACCUACAUCUGCGCCAACACCAACACCUACGCUAAAUCAACAAUAACGGCUAGUUAUCCAAUAGCUCUUGUUUACAGCAACGUAAUGAUUGACUUCUCAAUACAAACUCGACCAUUAUAUCCAUUUGAGUAUUUAGUACUGAAACAUUAUAAUCAGAAGCUCGUAGUCGAAAAGAACCGCAUCCUAAACCUGUUAUAGUGAGGGUAUCAAUAUUAAUGCAAA